CGACAGAGUGCUCUUCGGACCCCGCCAGUUCGUGAUGGAUUCCAAAACACGACGUCGGUUCCACUCCAAGUCCAGAAGUCGGAGCCGGGACCGGCGAAACAGGUCCAGAGUGAGCCGGUCUCGAUCUCCGGAGAAAAGGAGAGGCGGCAGUCGCUCUUUGGAUACGAAAAGAACCGCCCGUGGACGGGAACGCUCGGGCAGCAGGAACUCCAGCGAUGGCUCUCCUGACCGACGUCGGCCUCAACGCAGGGACCGACCAGGUUCACGGAGCGGCUCGGAGAGCGACAGGAGGCGGGGAGCAAACCGUCCCAGGAGCCAGUCGAGCGGUCGAUCAUCAAGUUCUGAUACAGAUGAUGCCAAAGUGAGGAGGGGGAGAAAGGAAAUGAGGAACCGGAAAGGAACAUCUCAAGAGAGGAGGAAAAGGUCCCAGUCCAGCUCUGACUCCCAUGAUGGAAGCAGCGACCGAGAAAGGAGAAGACGGAGAAGUCCUGACAGAGGGAGUCCAAUCCGAGAUAGACAGAGGAGGGAGCGAGACGGAGAUAGAGAGAGAGAUAGAGAGAGGCGGAAGAGCAACAGCAGAGACAGGGAAAUAAAAAACGACGGAGACAGAAGCCUAGAGCGCAGGAAGAGGAGUGAAGACAGGGAACAAGGGAGGAGUGAGAGAAGCAGCAGAGAGAUGCCCGACAGAAACAAAGGCAGGCAGCGCUCCAGUUCACCUGAGUCGUCUGAUAGCUCAGGGUCGGAUCGUGGGGGCCGCGUGGUCAAAGAAAAGGAGGAUAAGAAAAAGCAGAGGGAUAUGAUGAAAGCUCUGGAGACACCAGAAGAGAAAAGGGCCAGAAGGCUGGCAAAGAAGGAAGCAAAGGAGAAGAAAAGGAGAGAAAAGAUGGGCUGGAGUGAGGAGUACAUGGGAUACACCAACGCAGACAAUCCCUUUGGUGACAACAACUUAUUGGGCACAUUCAAAUGGCAGAAGGCGUUGGAUAAGAAAGGAAUUGGCCAUCUGGGAGAAAAAGAUCUUAAAGACAGGAACAAAUGUAUUCAGGAGGAGAAUCGCCGAGAGCUGCAGAAGGUGAAACAGCUGCGUCUGGAGAGGGAGCGAGAAAAGGCCAUGCGAGAGACGGAGCUGGAGAUGCUGCAGAGAGAGAAGGAGGCAGAGCAUUUCAAGACUUGGGCUGAACAGGAAGACAACUUCCAUCUGCAUCAGGCUAAACUAAGGUCUAAGAUCCGAAUCCGUGAUGGUCGCGCCAAGCCUAUUGACCUUUUGGCGAAGUACAUCAGUGCAGAAGAUGACGAUCUUGCCGUGGAGAUGCACGAGCCUUAUACCUUUCUCAAUGGGCUAACAGUCACUGACAUGGAUGACCUGCUGGAGGACAUUAAGGUGUACAUGGAGUUGGAGCAAGGGAAGAACGUGGACUUCUGGAGAGACAUGACGACCAUCACCGAGGACGAGAUCAGCAAACUGAGAAAGCUCGAGGCCUCUGGGAAAGGACCAGGUGAUCGUCGUGAGGGCAUCAACACAGCUGUGACCAUCGAUGUCCAGACGGUGUUCAAAGGGAAGACGUACAGCCAGCUGCAGGCGCUGCACCUGAACAUUGAGACUAAGAUUCGGGCUGGAGGAUCCAAUCUCGAUAUCGGUUACUGGGAGAGUCUGCUGCAGCAAGUCAGAGUCUACAUGGCCAGAGCAAGGUUGAGAGAGCGACACCAGGACGUGCUGCGUCAGAAGCUGUUCAAGCUGAAACAGGAACAAGGAGUGGAGAGUGAACCUUUGUUCCCCAUCAUCAAAGACGAGCCGAGGAGCGAGGAUGAAAAGGGAACCACAACAGAGGAGCCUGGUCCAUCCACAAGAAAUAAGAACAGAGGAGAGGAUGAAGAGGAGGCAGGUCCAUCAACAUCCACAGCAGGAAACCCAGAUGAGGAUGGAGGAGAGAAGGGUGACAAGAAGAACGAAGAAAAGGAGGGCGAGGUGGUGGAGGCCGUGCUAACGGAGGAGGAUUUGAUCCAGCAGAGCCAGGCGGAGUACGACUCUGGUCGCUACAGUCCCGCGCUGCUCACGUCCUCGGAGCUGCCGCUGGACUCGCACACCAUCACGCCGGAAGAGGACACACACAGGCUGCAGUUAGCACGCAGACAGCUGCAAGUCACCGGCGAUGCCAACGAGAGCGCGGAGGACGCCUUUGUACGCCGCGCCAAAGAGGGCAUGGGCAACGACGAGGCCCAGUUCAGCGUGGAGUUUCCCGUCACGGGGAAGAUGUACCUCUGGGCGGACAAAUACCGUCCCAGGAAACCUCGCUUCUUCAAUAGGGUCCACACGGGCUUCGAGUGGAACAAAUACAACCAGACACAUUACGACUUCGACAACCCUCCGCCCAAGAUCGUCCAGGGUUACAAGUUCAACAUCUUCUACCCGGACCUGAUCGAAAAGCGCUCCACCCCGCAGUACUUCCUCGAGCCCAGUCCCGACAACAAGGACUUUGGGAUCUUAAGGUUCCACGCUGGCCCUCCGUACGAGGACAUUGCCUUUAAGAUUGUAAACAGGGAGUGGGAGUACUCCCACCGACACGGCUUCCGCUGUCAGUUCGCCAAUGGGAUCUUCCAGCUGUGGUUCCACUUCAAGAGGUACCGCUACAGGAGAUAGAAGCCACAUACCAGGAUGGACCAAAACCUCAGUCACUGGGUUUUAUUUUAUAUAGGCUGUGCAGUCAUUUUGCUUUGUUGUAUCGUUUUUUUUUUAGCUGCUCUAUCACCAAAAAAAGCAGUUUGUUAAAGCAACAAUUCACUGUACUGUUGUCUGAAAAAGUUCAUUGUAACGUAAUCUGAAAAUUACACAUUAAAGAUAUUUUUUUCCUCAUUUUUACUCUUU